AUGGAAGAGUGGAAGAAUCUCGUACGCGGCAUAAAUCAAACGAAAGCCGCAUGGGAAGUCGCAAAAGAAACUAAAAUAGAAGAAGAAAAAAAGAAAAUCCGCGAUUUGCUGAACCAACUCAAGCAAGCAUAUGACAAGAACAAGGAACAGAAAGCAGCAGAAAAGGAAAAGGAAAAGGAGCAGUUCCGACAAGCCUGGCAGAAGGCACUGGAGAAAUUUCAAGACAUUCAAGGAAAGCUUAACGACUCCAGCAAUGCUCAGAAAGAACGACGAAAGGAGAAGCUCGAAAGUAUGAGAUCUACUUUGAAUGAAAUCAAGGAAAUCAUCAGACAACAGCAGGCUGCACGCAAUCAGACACGCCAACAACGCCGUGAUGAGUUCGAAAAUCGUAUCAACCAGAUUAAAAACGAUCUUUCAGCCAAAAAAGACGACCUUGACGCUUUGGAAGAAGAGCUCAAACAGAAAUACGCGCAGUUCAUGGAAAAGCAGAACGAGCUGAAGGGAACGGUGCAGAGCGCACUGAAAGAAAGCGUCACCGCAUCUGUGGUCAUGGAAAUUGGAGAUAAGCUUCAGAAUACUUUGGACAAGACUGCACUGAAAGAGGCCUUGUCGCAAGCUGGAGCCGAGCAACAAAGCAAAGUUACAGCCGUGCCAAAAGCUACAGUAUUGGACGAGAUCACAGGGGUGUCUGCCUGGAUGACGGUAACAUGGAUUCUGUUGGCGCUCUGCAUUCUUUUGGGUAUCGCCCUGAUCGCGAUGAUUGUUUAUCAG